AUGCGCGUGGCAACACAUACUCGUAGGCGACAUGCUCUCAUCUAUGCGAAAUUGGGCGCGACAAAGGAGGCGCCAAACUACACAACCACCUCUCAGUCCACUGACUCUAUCAUUACUCAACGGUCUCAACAUCAACGUCAACCUCACGGCUCCAUCAAGUCUAACACAGCUCUUUUCUUCAAAGUAGGUCGUCCUUUGUUCGUCAAGACAACAAGCCAGGAAACGCCGGGCAAAGAUGAUGACAUCAGUAGCCGCCUUCCCCAAGAUCCCUUGCUCUACCCCGUCCCCAACUCUGACGAAACCGUCCGCUUCUACGGCUACGGCACCCCCCUAGGCCGGAGAGACGUAAUCUAUGUUUUCGUCAAAGCGACUCGCGAAGUCGCAGCGCAUGGGAGCUCGAACGAACCUAUACCCGACAGAAUGAUCCGAUACGGGUCGGGUAACGUGUUUAUACUGUUGCAUCACAGCGGUAGAAUGACGUGGAAGGUGUGGGGGAUGGCGUUGCAGGGCAUUGCAGAUUUCGUGGAAAGGUAUGAAUAUGUGGAUAUGGAUUUUGAUGUUGGGAAGACGGGAUCGGAACGGUUUUUUGGGACGGGGGUAUUGGGGAUGCAGAAGAGGGAGGGGAUUAAUGCUAGUGAUUGA